UAUAGGCAUAUUAUGAAGAGUACCGUUACUUUUUUUCCACACAUAAGUUAUAAAUACUAUCCCCCGCUUUACAACCAUUUAACAGUUGUUGGAUUAUAAUAAUAUGGGUAGAUAAUAUUUGAAUAUAAAAAAUAAAAUCAAUUAAAAUUAGCAUUAUUUUCGGUUCCAUUUAAAGACAGUUCCAUGAAUUCAUUAGAUAAAAACAACAAUAAAAUAUUUCAAUAAAUUGAUAAAUUGGUCACACGACAGUUAUUACGUGGGACUUCUUUUUUAAGUAGCCAAACGAGUUAAUAAAAAAUUGUAAGAAGGUUAUCAAUAAUAUUGUUCCGGAUUAUGGCUUGAAGGAAAUACAAAAUCCUAUUUGUCAUUGAAAGUAUAAAUUGUCAUUAAAUUGAGCUCAAUUCAUCAUUGACAAGUACACCGCACUGUCUUAAACAACAAUCCAAUAAUUCAUCAUGAAAUUCCUUGUAUGUCUUGUUCUUUGCUUCGCUGCUGCUGCCCAAGCUGGUCUUGUUGGAGUACAAAAUGCUGUCGCUUACUCUUCGCCUUACACCACUUACUCAGCUGGAUUAGCUCCAGCACUUUACAAUGCUCCAUUGGCAUACACUGCAUAUCCAUCAGUUUAUAGCGCAGGAUAUACAGCACCAACUGUAUACAACACUGCCGGUGUUAAUGUAGCUAGUCCCUUGGUGGCAUCUGGUUAUGCUGCACCUUCUGUCUACUCUGCCCCAAUUGUUAGCAGCACUUUCUUAAAGAAGUAAUAAUCUGAUUUUUUUAAAGGAAUGAAUUAAA